GUUUUAUUUCAGAGUAACUAACCGAGAGCAAAAAAAAGCGGGUCGCGUGUUGGGAGUGAGGUGGGGAGGAGCGUUGGCAACUGUCGAGUAAACGUUUGUAAACGCUUGCGGGAUUUUAUGUGAAUGUUCAUUGCGUGAUACGACGAGUCAUUACAAAAUCGUAAACCAUGAAACCAAAGUUUUAAAAUUAUUCCAUUAUGUUUGUGUUGAAUGUGUAUGACGCCACUGAACUUCUGUUUCCGCCAGGUAGUUUAAAAGUACAGCUGUGUAAUAACUUGUUCAACAGGUGUUUUUAAAAGUUUGGCUGCAUAACCUCCAAAUGGUAAUAUUACAACAGCAAUGCUAAAUUCGUGUGUCGUGUGUUCGCGCGUGUUGCGAUAAAUGUGGGAGUGCGCCUUUCUUCUGGAAAAUAAUAUCUCUAGCAAACUUUGAUGCAUGAAUUUUCAAAAAAAGCAUUUACAGUUCAUCCGCGUCGGAAAUGGAUGACAAGGGAAAAUUCAGGUGUGAGCUAUCAAAUAAAUCCCGGACGUAUAAAAUGUUAUGCAGAUCUUCAAGGAGAGCACAUCACGAAAAACUGGUUGUUUUCUUCCUCUUCUGUUUACUGACCGCUUCCUCCGUAGCAGACUCGCUGCAGCCGCCGCGCUUCAUCGUGGAGCCGUCCUCGGCCAGCAGCAUCGUGGCGGAGGGCGGCACCAAGAUCCUGCAGUGCCACGCGCAAGGGUUCCCGCAGCCCCGGUACAAGUGGCUGAAGGACGGCCGGGCGCUGGGCGACUUCACGCAGGACCGCUACUACAAGAUCAUCAGCACGUCGCGCGCCGACACCGGCAGCUACCAGUGCAUCGCCGAGAACGACGUGGGCUCCAUCUUCAGCAAGAAGAUCCACGUCACCGUCGCCUACAUGGGCGUGUUCCUGGACCAGUCGGAGCGCGCCGCCGAGGUGCAGGCGGGCAGAGCGGCGGUGCUGCAGCUGCCGCCCCUGGACAGCGACCCGCCGCCGCUCGUCUCCUGGAUGACCGCCGACUCCGACUCGCUGCCCUACAGCCGCAAGUUCGCGCUCACCGCCGACAACCGCCUCGUGGUGCUGGCCGCAGAGAAGGCCGACGAGAACGCCUACCGGGCGCGGGCCACCAACACGCAGCUCGGCAAGGAGGAGAACAGUGCCUUCAUCAGGCUGGUGGUGUCGGGGGCCGCGCCCCGGGAGGUGGCUCCGGAGAUCAUCGUGAAGCCCCGCGACAUGCACGUGGAGAAGGGCCAGGCCUCCGCCCAGCUGCAGUGCAUAGCCAAUGCUAAACCCCUUCACGUGCUGGAAACGCUCUGGUUCAAAGACGACAUUCUGAUCGACCACGCGGGGAUCGACUACAGCUUCGACGACCCGUGGAACCGAACGCUCUCGCUCCUCGGCACGAACACGACGCACACGGGCAGCUACAAGUGCCAGGCGCGGCUGCGGAGCGGGGAGUUCUCCCCGGUGACAGCGUCCGCCAACGUCGUCAUCCUGGAGAAGCCAUCGUUCAACACGAACCUGCGCAUAGAGACCCUGGGGGAGUACCGCAGCACUCUGUCGCUGCCGUGCGAAGUGGUCGGCGUGCCCAAGCCCAACAUCGUGUGGUUCCGCAACACGGAGCGGGUGGAGGCGAUACCAGGCAACAGGUUCUCGGUGGCGGAGGACGGCUCUCUGGAGAUAAAGAGCCUGCGCAUGGAGGACUCGGGGAUGUUCCAGUGCCUGGCGGCGAACGAGGCUGGCGAAGGCUCCAUCUACACGUGGCUCAAGGUCAAAAUAACAGACACUGCAAGAAUAGUGCGACGGUCAACACGUAAAAUUGUGAGAGUUCGCCAGCAGGGUGCUAACUCGUGGCUUUAUGACACUGGCACAUCUAAACCUGUGAUCGAAGUCCCUCCGCAGAACCUGACCGUGCUGGACGGCAAAGAUGCAACCAUUUCGUGCAGGGCCGUUGGGGCACCCACGCCCAACGUUUCCUGGACCUACCAAGACGCGGGCGCCGUGGAGCUGUCGGGACGGGUGCAGGUGCUGGAGCAGGGAGACCUGCUGCUCGCGGCCGUGCGCGAGUCUGACGUCGGCAAGUACACCUGCCUGCGCGCCAACGAGGCGGGCAACGCCUCCGCCUCCGGCUACCUCUCCGUGCUGGUGAGGACCCAGAUCAUCCAGCCGCCGGUCGACACGAGGGUGCUGCUGGGCCAGACCGCGACGCUGCAGUGCCGUGUCUCCAGCGAUCCGUCCGUGCCCUACAGGAUCUCCUGGCAGCGCAACAACGAGGACGUAGACACGAGCUCGACCCAGCGCGUCCGGAUCCAGGAGGACGGCACGCUGGAGAUCCGCGCGGUGCGGGCCUCGGACGUGGCGGACUACACCUGCGCGGUGGUGUCGCCGGGCGGCAACGAGACGCGCUCGGCGCGGCUGAGCGUGGUGGAGCUGCCCUACGCGCCGGCCAGCGUGCUGGCGUCCCGGCUGGAGUCGGUCUCCCCGCGCGCCGUCAACGUCAGCUGGACGCCGGGUUUCGACGGCAACAGCCCCCUGCUCAAGUUCAUCGUGCAGAAGAGGGAGGUGGGCGACCUAGGGGUAGUGACGGCCGCGGCGUGCCGGGCGGCAGGUCCCCUUGCAGACCCGCUGCCCAACUGGGUGACGGAGCUGAGCAACGUGUCGGCCCAGCAGCGCUGGGUGCUGCUCACCAGCCUCAAGGCCGCCACCUCCUACCAGUUCCGCGUCAGCGCCGUCAACAGCGUGGGCGAGGGCUCCGCCUCCGACUCCAGUAACAUCGUGUCCCUGCCGCAGGAGCCGCCCUCGGGCCCGCCCCUCGGGCUGGUGGGCUCCGCUCGGUCCUCGUCCGAGAUCAUCACGCAGUGGCAGCCGCCCCAGGAGGAGCUCAGGAACGGCCAGGUCCUGGGCUACGUCAUGCGCUACAAGCUCUACGGCUACGACAGCAGUCCCUGGACGUACCAGAACAUCACCAACGAGGCCCAGAGAACAUUUCUAAUCAAGGACCUCAUAACGUGGAAGGACUACAUCAUACAGAUAGCUGCAUACAACAACAUGGGAGUGGGGAUGUUCAGCGAUGGAGUGAAAAUAAAGACAAAGGAAGGAGUCCCGGAAGCCGCUCCCUCCAACGUGCGAGCGGAGCCGCUCAACUCAACGGCCGUGCAGGUGUGGUGGGAACCGCCCAACCCUCAGAAGAUCAACGGCAUCAACCAGGGCUACAAGCUGCAGGCGUGGAAGGGCGACCCGACGGAGGAGGAGGAGGCGGCGGUGACCGUCGCGGUGCCCCCCAGCCUGCUGGACCCCCUGGCGGAGCAGAGCGCGGUCGUGGCCGGCCUGGAGAAGUACACGGAGUACAACAUCACCGUGCUGUGCUUCACGGACCCCGGGGACGGCCAGCGCAGCGAGCCCGUCCCGGUCAGGACCGACGAGGACCUGCCGGGCGAGGUGGGCAGCCUGCAGUUCGACGACAUCAGCGACCGCGCGGUGAAGGUCAUCUGGACGCCCCCCAGGCAGGCGAACGGCAUCUUGCACGGCUACCAGCUCAAGUACAUGGUGAAGGACAAGCCCGAAACCAUCCGCGUCGAGAACCUCACCUCCGAAACCCUCAGCAUCUUGGUGAACAGCUUGCAGGCGACGACGCACUACAGGUUCGAGGUGAGCGCCUGGACCAGCGUGGGCGUGGGCCCUCCGCGCGUGGCGACCAUCCAGUCGGGCAUCGAGCCGGUGCUGCCCGGACCGCCCACCAAGCUGGCCGUGUCCAACAUCGAGGCCUUCUCUGUCGUGCUGCAGUUCACCCCGGGCUUCGACGGCAACUCCUCCAUCACCAAGUGGACGGUCGAGGCCCAGACGGCCCGCAACGCCACGUGGGUCCCCGUGGCGGAGGUCUCCGACCCGGACGCCACCACGCUGACGGUGACGGGGCUGGUGCCCUUCACGCUGUACAAGCUGCGCAUCACCGCCAGCAACGUGGUGGGGGCGUCCGGCCCCUCGGAGCCCACCAAGGAGUUCCAGACCAUCCAGGCCCCGCCCGCCCACCCGCCCCGCAACGUCACCGUGCGCGCCAUGAGCGCCACCGAGCUGCGCGUCCGCUGGAUCCCCCUGCAGCAAGUGGAGUGGUUCGGGAACCCGCGGGGCUACAACAUCUCGUACCGGGAGGUGGGCAAGGCCCAGACGCACUGCGUGAAGAUCGAGGACCACACGGCCAACUCCCACGUGCUGGAGAGGCUGGAGGAGUUCGCGCAGUACGAGAUCCUGAUGCAGGCGUUCAACGACGUGGGCAGCUCCGCGCACAGCCCUGUGGCCGUGGAGCGCACGCGCGAGUCUGUGCCAUCCUUCGGGCCGAUGAACGUUGAGGCGAAUGCCACGUCGUCCACGACCAUCGUUGUCAAGUGGGGAGACGUGCCGAGGGAGCACCAGAACGGUAUCAUCGAGGGCUACAAGGUGUACUACGGAUCUCACGCCCGGGCGUUCCAGUACAAGAACAUUCCGAACAACAAGUCGUUCACGACCACGCUGACAGAGUUGCGGAAGUUUGUGCAGUACCACAUCCAGGUCCUGGCAUGCACAAGACUUGGGGAUGGAGCGCUCAGCACGCCGCCUGUGUCUGUGCAGACCUUCGAAGAUGCUCCUGGUCCUCCCUCAAACGUUUCCUUCCCGGAUGUAUCCCUGUCCAUGGCGAGGAUAAUCUGGGAUGUCCCGGAGGAGCCUAAUGGGGAAAUACUGGCUUACAAGGUGACGUACCACCUGCAAGGCAGCAGCAACCUCAACUACACCAGGGAGUUCCCUCCGUCAGACCGGACCUACAGGGUGACGGGGCUGCAGGCGGAGCAGUACUACAUGUUCUCGGUGACGGCGCAGACGCGCACGGGCUGGGGCAAGACGGCCCACGCCCUGGUGUUCACCACCAGCAACAGGGAGCGGCCCCAGCCACCGUCCGCCCCGCAGGUCAGCCGCAGCCAGGUGCAGAGCGAACAGAUCACCUUCUCGUGGACUCCGGGCCGCGACGGCUUCGCCCCGCUCAGGUACUACACGGUGCAGUACUCCAGGAACUCGGGGCCGUGGCAGACGGUGCCGGAGCGGGUGGACCCCCAGGUGACCUCGUACACGGUGACCGAGCUGAAGCCCUUCACGGCGUACCAGUUCCGCAUCCAGGCGACCAACGACAUCGGCCCCAGCGGCUGGAGUGCGGAGUCGGGCGCCGUGCAGACGCUCCCGGCCGCCCCCAGCAAGAGCGUGUCGAGCGUGAAGGUGGUGCCCAUCACCACGAACAGCGUGAAGGUGCAGUGGGAGCCGGUGGAGACGGCCUACUGGAACGGGGACUUCGAGACGGGCGGCUACCAGAUAGUGUACCAGCCGGUGUCGGACUACCCCACGGCGCUGCAGGCCACGCCCAAGAAGCUCGUGCCAGGCAUCACGGUGGACCAGGUGGUGCUGAGCGACCUGUCGGUGGACCGCAACUACGAGAUCGUGGUGGUGCCCUACAACUCGCAGGGCGGCGGGCCGGCCAGCCCGCCCGUCACCGUGUACGUGGGGGAGGCCGUGCCCACGGGACGGCCGCGCGACGUGCUGGCGGAGGCCGUGUCCCCCACCGAGGUGCGUCUGCGCUGGAGGGCCCCGCGCCAGAACCAGCAGAACGGCGACCUGCUGGGCUACAAGAUUUUCUACCUGAUGACGGAAACUUCGCAGGACCUGGAGGAGAGGAAGAUCGAGGAAGAGCUGGAGGUGGUUCCGGCAUCGUACAACUCCCACAGCCUGGUGUUCCUGGACAAGUUCACGGAGUACAGGAUAGAGAUACUGGCCUUCAACCCGGCCGGCGACGGGCCCCGGUCCUCCCCGGUGACCGUCAAGACAUUCCAGGGUGUGCCUGGACCACCAAGAAAUCUCAGUUUCUCUGAAAUCACAAUGAGCGGUCUGAAAGUAUCCUGGGAUCCUCCGAAAAAAAGGAAUGGUGAAAUAAUUGGCUAUGUAGUCACUUACGAAACAGCAAAACAAAAUGAAAGCUUCAGCAAGCAGGUGAAGCAGAAGGUGUCGGACACGAGCCUGCUGGUGCAGUCCCUGGAGGAGGAGGUCACCUACACCUUCCACGUGCGGGCCCAGACCAUCGACCUGGGCCCCUCGGUGUCGGGGAACGUCACCACGGGGCCCCAGGACGGCUCCCCCAUGCGCCCCAAGGAGCUCACCAUCCUCCCCUCGGAGUCCAUGUCCAGCGUGGACCUGCACUGGAUCAACGGGCCGUCCGGCCAGGGCCCCAUCCUCGGCUACUACGUGCAGAGCCAGAAGAAAGCUGAUGACAAGAGAUGGCAGACGAUCACGAAGACCAGCAACGGCCCCCUGCAGGACUUCACCAUCUCCUACCAGAACUUGCUGCCGUCCACGUCUUACACGUUCAGAGUCAUCGCGUACAACAAGUACGGCAUCAGCUACCCUGCUUUGGCAGACAAGCCGGUUAUAACUCCUUCCAAGCUGUACCUGGAGUAUGGCUAUCUGCAGCAGAAGCCAUUUUACCGCCAAACGUGGUUCAUGGUUUCCCUCGCGGCUGCGUCCAUCAUCAUAAUCAUCAUGAUAAUUGCUGUCCUCUGUGUCAAGAGCAAAAGCUAUAAAUACAAACAGGAGGCCCAGAAGGUGCUGGAGGAGUCGAUGGCGAUGGACGUGGACGACCGCCAGGACCUGGGGCUGUACCGCUCGCACCGCCUCAACGCGACCAUGAGCGCGGGCGGCUGCGGCACGCUGGGCAAGCGGGGCACGCUGGGCCGCAAGUCCCUCCACCAGCCCCCGGGGCCGCCCAUGCUCGGCAAGUCCCCGCCGCGGCCCUCGCCGGCCUCCGUCGCGUACCACAGCGACGAGGAGAGCCUCAAGGGCUACGACGAGAACCCCGACGACAGCAGCGUCACGGAGAAGCAGUCCGAGAUCAGCUCCACCGACUCGCAGGGCUCGGAGAGCGAGAACGACAGCGUGCGCUCGGACCCGCACUCGUUCGUGAACCACUACGCCAACAUCAACGACUCGCUGCGGCAGUCCUGGGAGAAGCAGAAGCCGGUGCGCAACUACUCGAGCUACACGGACUCGGAGCCGGAGGGCAGCACCGUCAUGAGCCUCAACGGGGGCCAGAUCGUCAUGAACAACAUGGCGCGGUCGCGCGCCCCCGCUGCCCGGCUUCUCGUCGUUCGUGUGACGCCCCCGACCCCCCGCGUGUUUCAUUCCCGCGCUCAGCUGCGAGGCGGCGAGACAGCUGUCGAUGGACCAAAUGUAAAGCAAAAGUAGAACAUGUGGGGCAUAUUUUUCCAGUCUACUUUUGUGUGCCAGUCUGUGAUAAUUUUCAUUUAUUUUUUUUAUUUUGUAGUCGUGUUUACGUCUUGUAUGACGAACAUCCAUCACAAUUUUAAAUAUCGACAAUUAAGACGUGAGCAUUUAAAAUGGACCUCUUGAUUGUAUGAUAUUCAGUUGCAGAACGAAUUUCACCAUCCAGGCUGCUUUAAUUAAUUUAGUUAUGUUAAUAUUAUCAUUGGAUCUCUGUUAGCUUUUUAAUGUUUUGUUAUGUGAAAUUGAAAGAAAACUAAAACUCUAGAACAACCAGUCAAGUAUGUACACUGAAUAGAUGAUUCGAUAAAGUAAUAUUGCAAAGUAUUUUAGAAUUUGUAUAAAAAAAAAAUAAACUCGCUGAUGCUUCCAUGAAUUAUUUCUUUGUAAUUAAAUAUGUCUAAAAGUUUGAUUAGUUUCUGAGAAAUGUACAUUUUUAGCUCUGUCAAUCGCGACUUAUUGCUCCUUUUUUAUAGAGUUAAUCAUGAAAGCAUUGGUGUGUGAAUAUGUGUUUGAGUACAGGGUUUAACAUAUCAGAAGUGAGUUUGCUGUUUUGGUAGAUCAUCAGUGUUUGUUUUUACUGUUAGCUUAUUUUCAUUUCAAGAGAGCCUAACAAUUUUUAUUACAAGUAAUUAAUGUGCGAAAUUAAUAAUCCUAUACAUACAAAAUAUUUACAUCAUGGUGCAUAUGUUGAUGCUGUUACGUAGUAGACUCAUUUUUGAUUGUCGUUGUAACUUCAUCUGGAUGGUAAAUGCAUACAAGUAUAAAUUAUACCUUCAGAUACUUUAAAGUGUACAUAAUGAAAAGAAUGUCUCCUUCCUAUUUCCAUAAUGUACCUACCACAUUUUUUUGUCUCCAAAGGAUGGAAUAAUCAUCAAUUGGUUAUUAAUUUUAAUAAGUAGUGACUGAUUUGUGACUGGUGUGUUGAUGAAUCAUGUUUUUUUUUGUAUGGGAAAAGAUACAUUAUAUAAUCAGUUGAAUGCUUAGUUAAUGUGUCUAUUAUAGAAUGUGAUUAUAAUUAGUAAACUUGAUUCAAUAAAUUGUGCAAUAAUUGGUUUAUUACUAAAACUAUGUUAAUACUGAGAGCAAAAAUUAUGGACACCCUAUUUUGAAAGAAAUUAAUACAGUUAUACUAUUGUCGUGCAUGCCACAGUCUGACGUAACGUAACGAGUAGAGACUAGAGUUUAUGUUUUUAUUUUCAUGCCAAUUUCGUUUUUAAAAUAGGAGUUUCAGGUGUUUAUUAGUAUUGGUUUUAUUUUCUGUGAAAUUGGUUUACUAAAAAGAUAGCAUAUUACUGAAUAAAUAUGAUGUAUUAAUGUUCCAUGGUACUUAUUUCUCCAAAACAGUGUCAUUUUGACUGAUACAUAAUGCACUUUCAAAAUAUAAUGAAUUGUAAUAGCAUUUCUAACUAUUUGGAACAAAUAAAAUAAAUCUUUUGAAAAAUGUACUAAUGUCGUAAUAUAAAUAUUAAUAACUAAUAACAGUUGCAAGAGUAAAAGGAAGUAAACAUUAUACAAUUUUUUUUUCAUAAAUUAUGGUUCAAACUUCAUGCUAAAUAAAUUAUGUACUUUCAUAUUUAAAAGAUUAAUUAUUUGUCAUUAGAGUUGAGUUUUGAUUGAAAAUGAUUAGUUUCAUGAUUUUAAUUGCAUUUUUUUUUCUUUUUAGUGUAUUAAUUUAAGUUUUGGUGUUGUUGUACUGACAUUCUUUUCAAUGAUAUUUUGGCAUUCACCAUAUGAUCUUAUCCCUAGUAAUGAGGCUUAAAACAAUUAAAGUUGUUUAAGACAUUUAGAUUGCAAUUUAACAGUUUUACCAUCUGGUGAAAAGAGCAGGAUUGUGCAGUUAGUCUGUAAUGCAGAACUAAUACCCUGCUUUUAUUUUACAGUAAACGUUUGACUUCCAUGCAAGACUCUCACAUUUGUAAAAUUACAACGUGGGAAAUAAAAGCAAGUGGUUGUACAUGUGUGAAUGCUGUACACUUACGUAUACGUGCAGCACCGCUAAUUGCUCCGUAGUUGAUGGCGGUACCCGUGCUGGUUCAGAACUAUGUCUUGAUACGAACCACGCACAGGAUGCUGUGCAGUGAUGUGUGAGCACGGCUGUUUCAGGCGAGCGCGAGUCGUUAUUCAGCAGAAAGCGUGAAAGUGCACUUCUUGUGCCUACGUUAAACUGUUCGAUGAGUGUUCUGAGUUCAGUGCGUUUUGAAGAAUCAGUUUUGACGUGAUAACAUCUUAUAAAUCGACCCCUUUUUUUGUAGCCAAAUUGCUUUCUUUAUUUCCCAUCACAAGUGUUUUAAAGAAGUAUAUUCUAGUGAGUGAUUUGGCAGAUAUUAAAAAUCUUAUUAUUAAUGAAAUAUUUAUUAUUCUCUGACACCAUUAUCACAAAUACACUGAAUCAAAAUUCCCACAAGGUACUAUGUUUAUUUUAGAUGUUGUAUAAUUUUGUAGCUGUGCUGCGCACAAAAAAAUUACAUUUGUAUUAUGAUUAUGAGUUGCAUGGCUUAAUGUGAAGUUACAGUAAAAACCUAAAAACUCUUUUUAAAUUUCUGAAAAAUUCAUGAAUAGAACGUAAUUAUGAGUGCAGAAAAAUGCAAAUAAAAAGUGAUGGAAUAUUUUUGCAUCAACCUUGUAUAGUGCCACAAUAAUUACAUUUUUUAAAAAAAAAGACAGGUGUAAAAUCUGGGUAUGUAAAAAAAGGUUUCUACUGUUUGUUUUAUUGUGUAUUCACUACCAAUAUCUGUUUCAAUCUGUUUUGUAUUUUAUAUUCCAUUCAUUUAAAUUGAGAAUUUUUGUUGUUGUUUAUUUUAUGUACUCCAUGUCUUAUUCUAUCUUCCACACAUUCCAAGUGAUAAACAAUUGUUGGAAAAAUUUAUGGUAGUAUCUAUAUGUUGAAUGCUUUUGUUAGAUCUCCACUACUUAUAAUUAUGGUGACGUUGGAUCAGAUAGUGUUGGAUUUAAUCUUUUCAGUUAAACCACAUUCAGUUUGAUUAGUCAGUUUUAUGACUACGUAAAUAAUUAAUGAAGAUUGGAUUGUUGGUUUGUUACGUAAUAUUUUAAACUCUGUUGGUAGCUUACGGAAAAUCUUUUAAAAAGUUUUCUAUUGAAACAUUAAUAAUAUCUAACGGUUAAAGAGUAUAAAUAUCGUGAAAUAUAACAAUGUUGUAAAAUAAUUGAGGCUUCCACUUGGUACAAAAGAAAAUAUUUUAAUUUUAUCUUAUUAAAUUGUGCAUCUCUAAUAAGUUUAUUUUUGCAUUACUUGCUUGCCUGGCUACCAGCUGUAAUGCGGAGUGAGGUGGUGGCAGCAGUGGCCAGAGAUGCGGCCAUUCUCGCCCCUGUUCAACUCUGGCGGGAACAUGUAAUACCGUUCAAGUUUCUGUUAAGUGUGUGGAUUAACUGAAAGUGUGAAAUCCACAAAUCUGACGCAGUGUAAGAUUUUUUAAGUUUUUAAAAUAAAGUUUAAAAUAAAAAUUAUGUAUGGAUUAUGCUGUGUGUGAAAAUGUUAAAUUUGGCGAGCUCUUUUAAGUAUUGUGUAGUCACGUGACUUACCAAAGUGUGUUUCUGAUGCAAGUGUGUUAGCGCUCUGCGCCACUGAUUGGAGGCGCAGUUUAUAUUUUGUAAUUAUUCAAAUGAACUAUGAAGUAGAAUUGUGAUUUGUACAGAGUUUUGUCUCUUGGGGGAUCAUCACUGCCAAGUUUUGACUGUAAUAAAACAGCUUUAAGUAUGAAA